AUGAAUCAAAUAAAGGAAUUAAUUGGUAAUCUUAAUUUAGACUUUUUCAAAAAAUUCCUUCCGAAGCGUGGUACAUGUGGUUGUACCUCAUUUUCAAAGGCCAAUAGCUUCUCCCUUACUUUAGCAAUAUGCUUGAUCGUAUUUUCAAUAAUUUGCACAAAUUAUUAUUUCGACAAUGAUUAUUUGAAACAAAAAGAAAUACUUGAAAAAGAAAAACUUAAAAAGGAAAAAAUUAAUCAAGAAAAAGCAAAACAAACUGAUAUGGAAAAGGAAGAAAUGACACAUGACGUAUGGAUGCAAAAUUGA